CUUUAGGUAUUAACUUGCGUUAGAUGAAUGGCGUCCUCCCCCAGUAUAAGAAAGAAGAAUUUUAGAAUUUGUACGACAAAAAUUGGUUAUUGCAGACAUCAAAGACGGUUCUGAAAGGAAACGUUACAAGUCGCCAUGGAGACAAUUGUAAAGAAAGGGGAUGAACGUCCUAGAAUCAUGUUAAACGGGGAUAAAAUUUGCUUGUUUUGUUCAAAGGUUUUUAGCGAUUAUAGCAACUGCCGUAAACACAUGUUGCGUCAUGGACAGAAAAAGGGCAACGAAUGUGAGAUCUGUCAUCAGUUGUUCCAAGGGAGACAACUCAUGUUACAACACAUGAUGUUUGAACACGGAGAUCAGAAAUACGAGUACAAGUGCGACAUCUGUGACCUAGUUUUUACGGACAUUAAUAAAUUACACGAACAUACCAGUGAGUUGCAUCAAAUAGACAUUCAAUGUGUCAUCUGUUACGAGAACUUUCUGACCAAUGAGGAUCUGACACGUCACAUGACAGAUCACGUAAAUAAUAAAACGGCGUUAGCCUGUAAAGUCUGUGGCAAAUAUUAUCGUAGUCGCUAUAAUCUCAACGUUCACAUGAAAAGUCACUCGGGUGAAAAACCCUUUGAAUGUUCACAUUGUGAUCAGGCCUUCGCUCGACGUAUGUAUUUAUUCCGCCAUAUCGAAACCAAACAUACAGCCCACAUGCCGUAUCAUUGCGCCCUGUGUGAUGUAUCAUUUAAAACGAUCCUACAGCUACGUAAUCACGUCAAACGAAAAGUACACCAGCAAAACCAAAACAACGAAAAUCCGAAAAAUGAAACAUUAGAUAAAAACUAUGUCUGUCCGCAUUGUUCAAAAACGUUUGCACAACAAACAUAUUUAACGAUCCAUCUACGAACUCAUUCUACACAGAAAAAAUAUUUCUGUCCCAUCUGCUCACACGGAUUUGCGCAGGUUGGUAACAUGCGUCUUCACAUCAAACGCAUCCAUAAUCCCAAGAUCCAUCCAAAAUUGAUUAAAAAUCGUGAAGUUUUUACGUGUGAUGUUUGUCAAGAAGAAUUUUAUACUAAACGAUCGUUAUGUUAUCAUCAGACGAAGCGCCAUAAACCCAAACCAGACCUCGCUUGUAAAAUAUGCCAGAAGAUAUUCAGUGAUAAACCACGGCUACGAAUGCACGAGUUGACUCACGAUAAGGACGCGUCGAUUAAAUGUGAAAGUUGCCGAAAGACAUUUUACUCCAGUAGUAAUUUGAACCGCCAUCAUAAAACCUGUGCGUUCUUCCUACAAGGGGUACAAUUCCCUGAUAGCUCAUCCACGGUCGUAAAGGAAGAAAUCGUGACAGAAGAAAUCGUGACUAGUAACGGGAAUCAGGAGAUUGAAGAUGAACAAUUAAAGGACGUCUUGUCAUGCGUUAUAAAAAUAGAACCAGCCACAGAUCAUGAAUAUGUUGAAAUCCCCCAACAAGUAGACAAUAAUUCCACUCAACAAAUAAACUUGGAGGAUUACGCGGAAGAUAAUUACAGUUACGCAGAAUCGACGAAUGGAAACGAAAACCAAAAUCCAAAAGUUAUCUUAAGGGAAGAUGUCAUUGAUGAAAGAGAAACUACAAUUUCUUAUUCCCUAACAAACCAAUCAGAUCAUCAAAUACAUAACUUAAAUGAAAUGAUCCAAUCAGAACAGUUUGAACAAAACAUCAUCAGCAUCAUACAGUUUGACCCUUCAACUCAGGAGAGUCUACCUAGUAGUGAAUCCACAGAAUCAGAAAUAAAUAACCUCAAGUUUGAUUCCCUGACAGAAAAUAACCACAGCGAAAGCAUCCAGUCAGGUUUAGCGAUAGAAAAUAUCUGCAAUGAAAGUGUCCAAUCAGAUAUCACAGUAGAACAUGACCAUGGUGGAAACAUCCAACCAGAUUUGACAAUAGUGAAUAAUCAGGAAGAAAGCGUCCAAUCAGAUUUAACAAUAGCAGAUACAUGUAACCAUGAUAAAGACAUCGAAUCAGAUUUAACUACAGAACAUAAUGAGGAUGAAGACAUCCAAUCAGAUUUAACAAUUGAAAAUAACCAAGGUGAGGACAUCCAAUCAGAUUUAACAAUAGAAAAUAACCAAGGUGAGGACAUCCAAUCAGAUUUAACAAUAGAAAAUAAUCAGAUUGAAGACAUCCAAUCAGAUUUAACAAUAGAAAAUAAUCAGGUUGAAGACAUCCAAUCAGAUUUAACAGUAGAAAAUAAUCAGGUUGAAGAUAUCCAAUCAGUCGAUAACCAUAUUGAAUACAUCCAAUCAGAUUUAACAAUAGAUAAUAGCUGUGUUGAAAACAUCCAAUCACAGCAGGUGGAGUUGAAUGAUGUCAUUAGUAUUAAUGAUUUUGAGGGGUUGAAAGUCGUCCCUGAUACGGACGGGUCAAACAAUGCCCAUCACAUCAUAGUUUACAAAAUGGAUGACAAUAUCGUGGAGAUAAGCUACGUCUAUGAUCAGCAGACACCAAAUGAGCCAAUUGUUGAAGAAGAAGUCACAACAACUAUCCUAGAAUCGAAUGAGGAAAACACAGUUACCAUGGAGACAGACAUUCAACAAAAUGCAGAAAUAACUUCCACUGAUGUCAUAUCUGCUCUUGUUGAUCAAUCGACCCAUGCUGUUCCCAUGGAUACUGUAGAGGUUAAAGGUCAUUUGGAAAGUAAUGACCCGGAGAUGAAAUCUAUUUUUAGAAAAGGUAAGGCGACAAGAAGAUCAAGGAAACUGUCGAGCGGGCGCCAUGUUUGCACAGCUUGUGGGAAGGAAUUCGCAAACAAAUCAAAUUUAAAUCAUCACGAAAGACGACACGAUCAGAACAAGUCCAACGAAUGUUCUAUUUGUAAGCGUUUAUUUCAAGGUCGACAGCAAGUUUUUCAACACAAAAUCAUGGAGCAUGGCUUAAAGCCAACAUACUUCAGUUGUAACAUCUGUCAAAGUGAAGUGACGACUGAAGACGAACUACGACAACAUCAAACUGACGUCCAUGCGGAAGAAUAUCCGUACGAAUGUCCCAAGUGUUUUAGACGAUACCAAGAUAGUGAAGAAUACGAUUUGCAUGUUUUAUUUCAUGCGAAACCAUACACAUGUCAAAUCUGUGAUAAAGGUUACGAUACCCAGAAUUCCCUGUCUACACAUCUGCGUUUUCACGAGGAGAGUAAAAAAUAUCAAUGUGAUGUUUGUGGUAAAUCUUUCCGGGCGUCUUGUCAUUUAAAGGUUCAUUCGUUCACACACAAGGAUCAGAAACCUUUUACCUGCCAGACGUGUGGGCGAGGCUAUGUGAGAAUUAAAGAUCUAGAAAAUCACACGAAGACUCAUGAACGCGCGACCAAAAACAUCGGAAAGUUGAAAACGAAGAAAACUGAUAAAAUAUACAAAUGCUCCGUUUGUAAUAAGACAUUCAACCAACAGACGUAUCUCACAGUUCACAUGAGAACACACACGCGUGAACAUCCAUACUUCUGCCCAAUAUGUGGAAAAACAUUUGUUCAAAAUGGAAAUAUGCAAAAACAUGUGAGAUCGCAUUCAAAACCCAAGAAGCCCACUGAUUGGUUAAAGUGUGACGAAUGUGUCGAAGUUUUCCGCUCCGUGGCAGAAUUAAAUAAACACAAAAAGUUUCAUCAUUCAGUCGGUUGUACGACAUUUAUAUGUCAGAGGUGUUUUAAAGUUUUUAAUACGUCCAGAGCCUUAGACCUACAUAUGGCGUCACAUGAAGAUUUUGAAAACGUAGAAUGCGAGGUUUGUCAUAAAUACUUCCGUAAUAAACUGGCGUUAGAGAAACAUAAACUGGUGCAUGUUGGUCCCGGUGUGCGAUGCCCUAUAUGUAACAUAAAGUGCUGUGGAGAUCAGGUUCUUAAGGGACACAUAGAACGUCAGCAUAACCCCGAGAACGAUUUUGAAUGCGGUGUCUGCCAACGACGUUAUCCUAACCAAGAUAAAUUGGACAUGCACUUAAAAACACAUCGUAAUAAACCACAUAAAUGUACGAUAUGUGACAAAAGUUAUUACGAUCCGAAAACGUUAAAGGAACAUAUUGAGAUGCACGGAGCUAAGCGGGAAUAUCAGUGUGACGUGUGCAGUAAAAUGUUCAUCAACAGAAGUCGUUUACGUCGACAUAUAAAAAUACACAUCAGAAAGAACGAAAUCAUCAACGAUCGUGCGGAAUUAAACGGAUUUGGUAACGUUCAACAAUCCACAACAUUUUCACCAGCCGUCGAUAAAUCUACCAAUAAACCAAGUAUAAAGAUUUUUAUAUCCUCCAAUUCGUUUGAAUGUGUCGACUGUAAGCAAACAUUCAUGGAUAACCAGUCUUUUUUAGAUCAUGUUAACUCACAUAAACUUUUAGAAAAUGUUCAAAGCUGAAAACAGUAGAUCCAUAAAAAAUGUUUGAAGUUGACAAUGGUAGCAAUCUGAUUACAACACAGAUCCUAUUUUGUUUCGUUUUUUUAUAGUUCAAAAUUUUGUUUUACUUGUCUUCACAACACUGGGAUCUGGAAGAAUUGUUAUAUAACAGGCGUUCUAGUCGAUGUGAGAAACGAUCUGUUACCGCGAGUAAACUCCUAGGAACGUCAACACUGAUUGAUUAAUCAAUGUCUGAUGUCAUAGGCUCAAAAGCCGCUUAUUUGGCCCCUGAUGUGACCUCCCAGUACAACUGGUCAGAUCUUCAUGUAGUAGAGGUCAUCGAAAGUAUAAAAAAAAACUAAACGAAAUACAGAUCUGUAUUUUAAUCAGAUUGCAAUAGUAGGCCAGUAGAACAGACUUGUAGUAAGUAGUAAAACGAAUAUUAUUGAAAAGUUUAACAAAGUGAUAUAGGAUAAUACUCACCCUCAGUUGUACUGAGACUUGUACAUUGUACAUGUAGGUCUCAUCCAACAAUCUUCACUCCCAUAAAAUUUAUUUUUCAGGUGUUUCACAAUUGUUUUAUUAAAAAAAACAAAAAACGGAAAAUAAACAUGUAGGUCCCGAUUCAAUUUUUGAAAAUUUCGGCACUUCUGUAAGGGUCAUUCCAUGUUAAGUAGACCAAAUUCUCAGAAAAUUGUUUAUUCCUUCUACCCAGUCUAUAUUUUUGAAUUAUUGGGUUUGUAAGAAAAUGGUAUAUAGAUAAAGAAUGUACCAUCAAACUUUACAGAAAAAGUACCUCAACUGUGUAUGGAUUGCCUUAAGUGUCUAUCAAUGAUCAAUGGCCCAUCUUUGAUAUUUUACUCAUUCAUUUUGAUUAAAUUUAAAAAGUAAAUUAUGAUUUUUGCCAGUUUGAAUGGAUUAAUGCCUAAUCAUCAUGAAACUAAGCCUUCUAAGAACAUGUUUUGCAUACUUAACAGUUAUACAUCAAUAUCAGACUCGGGGGCUGCCAUUAAUUUUUGAUUUAAUAUCAAUAACAUAGAAAAUUACACCCCACCCCCUCCCCUACCUUUCGGGGUUAACAAUCACUUGAUAGUUUAAGCCAGUUUAAGGCAAUAAUUCACUAAUUUCCCAGGUUAAAAUUUGUGAUAUUAUAAUUUAUAAAAAUCUAGUAUUUGUCUUUUGAAUAAUUUAAAUUUAUUGAAUAAAGAUAUUGGGUUGAACGGCCUACUUUUCUGCACCGACUGGGCUAAUGAAGACGGAUAUACAUGUACGCCAUAUACACAUGUAGUGGCUAGACGCUGUCCGUAUCAGGCUCUCUAUCUUGCUCUACGGACAAGGGUUUAACUCACCGGAAAACUUCAGAGAAAUUUCUUAACUAUCACCGGGAUCGAACCCUGGACAUUGGCAUUACGGCCUACUUUUAUAUCGAAUUCCAACUGUCAAGGGAUCUUUUUCGUGCACGCCAAUGUGUACAUGGGACCUCGGUUUUUCAUACCAUCUGAAUGACUAGACAGCUGUCCUUCGACAGCCAAUGCACAGAUCGAUCACCCAACCUCCAGGCUAGCGAGCCAGCGUUUUACCCACUUAGCCACCGUGAUCCCUCCUGGUUAGCAAGCCAGUGCCUUACUGGCCGAUAUAGUUCAUCCUGGUUCCCCCUUGUCGGUGGUGUAGAUGGAGGGCUUGACAAUGGACAAUGUAUAGCCUGGUCAGAACAGUAUCUCCUUCACUUCGCUUGAAAAACCGAGGUUCCGUUUACAUAUAAUUGUGCCUGUAAAAGAACCCUAAAUAGUAGGCUGUAGCGGCGCUGUCCAGGGGGAGAGAGAGAGAAAUGGGGUUUAACGUCCACUCGACACAAACUAGGUCAUUUUGGGACUAACAUAUGGUUUGAUUUUAUUUCUAUAAUUCGCUUGCGCAUAGGGGUCUUUAGCAGUGGGAGGAAACCGGGGGACCCGGAGAAAACCCACGAGAUUGGAUAGGCGACCCUAGUCCUUGUCACGUACAACCGGGGAUUCGAAACCACGCCAGUCGACUCAAUGACAGACUUUAUGAUACAGCGCGCACACACUAACCAUUCAGCCAUCCAACCCCCCCUGUCCAGUGGAAAUUUCACUGAUGAAUGAUGUAAUCCCGUCUUCAUUAGUCCGUUCAGAAAAGUAGGACGUUAAACCCCCUUUCAUUUAACAUGUAAAUGAUCAUAAAGAAAAUAAAUUAUCCUGUAAUUUAUAUUGGUUCUUUCUGUUUUAAUUUUAAUUUCUGAA